AUGAAGCAAGCUACCUUUUCUUCCCCAGAUGAUGCCUCCACCUAUUUGGCUGAAUACAUAAUCAACAAAAUAAACUCUUUCAAACCUACUGCCUCAAAACCGUUUGUUCUUGGUUUGCCAACUGGUUCCUCUCCUGAAGGUAUAUAUGCCCGUUUGAUACUGGCCUAUAAGGAUGGCAGAAUCAGCUUCAGAAAUGUCAUCACUUUUAACAUGGACGAGUACUUGGGUUUGCCUCCUACGAACGACCAGUCUUACCAUUACUUCAUGUACAACAAGCUCUUCAACCAUAUUGAUAUUCCCAGAGAAAAUAUACACAUCUUGAACGGUUUGGCCAAGGACAUCAAGAAGGAAUGUGUGGAUUACGAAAAAGCCAUUAAGAGCUACGGCAGAAUCCACUUGUUCUUAGGUGGUUUGGGUCCAGAGGGCCAUUUAGCUUUCAACGAAGCUGGUUCCACAAGGGACUCUAAAACCAGAGAAGUUUUCCUUGUAGAGUCCACCAUCAAGGCUAACUCCAGAUUUUUUGACAACGAUUUGAACAAGGUUCCAAAAUCGGCUCUCUCUGUUGGUAUAUCCACCAUCUUGGAUAACUCUGAUGAAAUUGUUCUCAUUGUGUUGGGUGAGAACAAGAAGUUUGCGUUGGACAAGACCAUCAAUGGUACAAAGAAUGAUGCCAGAUUCCCAUCCAGCUACUUGCAAGACCACAGUAGUGUUUUGGUUGUUUGUGACAAUGCUGCUGCUGGUUUGAAGUCAAAGUUGUAG